AUGGCCUUAGCGUCUCGUCCACGUCAUCGCACUCGAAGUAGCCGUAGACGAAGUACCACGAGCACUUCGACCACAAGUCUCGGUCGAAAAAGCAGCAGCCAUAGCAGCAGUAGCAUCGGUACCUGUCGAACCACUCGAACAAGCGGAAAUAGCAGUACCCUCCUAGUGGACCGCACGUUUAGUCUCACGGCCACGACGUCAACCACGAGCGUUUGCAAUGCGCACAAUGUGCCAAUUGCAAUCAAGUACCUCCAGCAAGUGACAGUGGAGCUCUUAGCGACCAAGAAACACACGGACGUGCGGUACGUCAUGACUGUCCGUCACCACGGCCUUCGGGUCGCCUGGAGCCACGCCAGGUCCUUUGACGAAUACCGGAAACUGCAGCAACGUCUUGUUAAGAAGUUGCAGCACGGCCACUUUUGUGACGCCGAUUGUCCGUGGCUCUAUGGGUUUCUCAAGAGCUACUUCCCGAAGAAGUGGGUCCCGACGUUCUCUAGUGCUCGCGUUGUCAUGGAACAGCGGAGACAGAGUCUCGACCGCUUCUUUACAGCACUCUAUGGCUACUUGACUGAGAAGAAGAACGAGUGCUGCGCGGUCGUGGUGACGGACUUUGCCGAUGAACUGGUCAAGUUUAUCUACGGGUACGCUUUGGAGCAGUACGGACUCGAGUAUCGAGUCAAGUCGACUGCGGCGGAGACUGGUGGACUUCGAUGGGCGGGAGCGUACAGCUCCAAGCUGAAAGAAACAGCCACUUCAGUGAAGCAGCAUUUUCGUGGACGGGGGAUGGAACAGCACCAGCAAGUGCAGUACAACCGACUCUCGUCUUCUAAUGAUUUGUCCAGGGAAUCCAUCAAGGAUGACGAUGUGGUGAAUGAUUUGUAUCGAGAGGUAUGCACGAUCUGUGGUUCGCCACUGUGUGGCGCGGCACACGGCAGCUCCACGUCGAUGUCGUCGUCAUCCAACGCGGCUGUCUUGCUCCUGGAAGAAGACGAAAACAAUGACAGCAUCGACGAUAUCGACAUUGUCAAUGAUAUUGACAGCAGCAGGUCGACGGUAGUGAGCAUGGACACGGGUGCUGGAGCACUUUCUCGUGCCAACCGGAACAGCAGCGACAGUACCGGCAGCGUGCUCACUUCGUCGUGGAUAGAGACGCUCACAUCGAACGGAAGCAGCCGAGCCCACAAUGCCGGCGGUCCUCGACCGAGUAAAAGCAGCGCGAAUCGACGCCGCGCUGCCACGUACUAUUUGACGACAUUGAAUUGCGGCCACCAGUUCCACGACGAAUGCAUUGUGGCAAAACUGAACGAGUCGUUAGAAUGUCCGACCUGUGGAAGGAUACAGACGAAUGCUUGA